CAAGAAGAGCUGAAAGAAGAAUGUGUCAUCUGUACACUCCCUGCCAAGAAGUGGCAUUGGAAAGCACGGACUGCUGCUCUUUACUUCAUGCAAACGGUGCCAGCAAGUGCUGAUUACAGAUUGCCAGCAUUAAGUGCCAGCCCAUGUGAGCAGCCUGCUGACCACGAAGCCCGACCACGCUCGGUCUAUUAGCUGUGCUCCAGAAGUGUUUGUUCAGUUUUUCCUCAGAUGGAUAACCAAUAUGGAACAUUCUGUCCACAGAAGUCUUAUUAAAGAGGGUCUUGGGAAGUUUGAGGUGUCAAUAACUGAAUGAAACCCAUUUGCAAGUGCUCUUGCAGUGCUGCUUUGGAAUUUCAUUGUAUGCCAACUGGAAGCUGAAAAUCAGCCCAUUUGCAGUGUGGCCUGGAAGCAAAAUGUUUAUGACUGGGGAGAAGUCUGCCUUGAGAUACACUUGGGAUCCUCUUUGCAAGCUCUGUGCUUAACCUGGCUGAACUCGCUGCCCUGCGCCCUGACCUGGGCAAAUUGAAAAAGGUCCUCUACUUCCAUGAGAACCAAUUGGCGUAUCCUGUCCAGAAGUGCAAGGAAAGGGAUUUCCAGUAUGGAUACAACCAGAUUCUUUCAUGUUUGGUUGCUGAUAUUGUGGUGUUCAACUCUGCUUUUAAUAUGGAAUCAUUUCUUACGUCCAUUGGAAAAUUUAUGAAGCUGAUUCCUGACCACAGACCUAAGGAUUUGGAAAAAAUAAUCAGACCGAAGUGCCAAGUUCUUUAUUUUCCAGUCAGGUUUCCUGAUGUGAGCAGGUUCAUGCCAGAACAUAAGCUUGCCCGUUUGGAAAACAUAAUUGGUGUUAAAAGAAAUGGAGAUUCUUAUCAACGUGAGGGCCUGCCUGGGCAGCAGAAGAGCAGAGCUUUGGGAGGUUUAAUGAAAAACAGCAACGCGUGUCGUGAGUCUGGACUUUGUGAAGCACAGCCUGGACUUUGUACCACACAGCAUGAGGAACUGCAUUCCCCAUUAACAGCAGCGGAGAAAUUGAACAAGUCUGAAGCAACAGAAAGUACAAAUCCUUGUCAAGAAGAAGAUAAGCAACAUGUGACUUUUAACCUCUGUAAUAUCUGGAGUGGAAUGGACUAUCAGCAGAGACCUUUACAUGUUGCCUGGCCUCACAGGUGGGAACAUGACAAAGAUCCUGAAACUUUCUUUAAAGUGCUGCUGAAACUGAAGGAGCAGGAGCUACCUUUUCACGUGUCCGUCCUUGGGGAGACUUUCACUGAUGUUCCAGAUAUAUUUGCAGAGGCCAAAAAAGCAUUGGGAUCUUCUGUCUUGCACUGGGGGUACUUACCCAGCAAAGAUGACUAUUUCCAAGCACUGUGCAUGGCCGAUGUUGUCAUCUCAACAGCUAAACACGAAUUCUUUGGAGUGGCAAUGGUGGAAGCGGUGCAUUGCGGCUGUUACCCGUUGUGUCCCAAGGCCUUGGUGUACCCGGAGAUCUUCCCAGCUGAAUAUCUGUAUUCUACACCUGAACAGCUUUUUAAAAGGCUUCAGAAUUUCUGCAAGAGACCUGAUAUUGUAAGGAAACAUCUCUAUAAGGGCGAGAUGGCUGGCUUUUCCUGGGCAGCGCUCCGUGGUAAAUUCAGGUCUCUGCUCGCAGCAGAACCGAAAGAAGAUUUGUGACAGAUGGGGCUAAGUCACAAACUUGCAGCCUCAGGCAGAAUUGUGGAAGUUUCCAGAGUGUGCCCAUAUUUACCUGAUCAGAGAGAAAAGAAAAUCUGCAGAGGAAGCCGAGCCUGGCUGCUUGUCAUAGCUGACACAGAGCCAUCUGCCACAAACCUGUGGCGGCUUCAGAUCUCCAAUCCCUGCCACCACCCCAGCUCAAAUUAAAUACAGAUUCUUAGAGACGUUAUGAUGGUUACACAUGUCCUCGGCAUCACAUGCAGGAGACUGUUCAAAAAAAAUAUGUGGCCUGUUGUAUAACCGCACUCAUGUAUCCCAUAUGUGGUGCCACAUUGAAUUUCCGGUUGAAUCUGUUUUUAUCCUUUGUACUGGAUGACAUGGUGCCUGAAUUCUUUCUUUUCGCCGACACGAUGGCAGCCAAGCUGCAGCUUCAAACGCUCACACUUGGCUGGGUUUCUACCUAGGUUGCCAGGUUAUCAUUGGAGCCUUAUUGUGUCCUCAAAGGGCCACAGGGCCUGAAAGGAGGAUCCGAGUGCUACCGGACUAAUUGGGCAGCCAUCUCAGAAUUGUUUGUAGGCAAAGGGCUGCUUUAGCACUUUUCUUUUUGCAAAUUAAUGACUCUCUGGCACAGGGGUUUUUAAGUGAAGGUAUUAAUAAGGGGUCUGGCAGGUAAUCCCAUGAUUCGCGGAGUUACAUUUGCAUUUAAUUAAUCUUAAAGAAAGCUGAAAGAUAAACAGCUGUAAUUCAAACUAGCAUGGGAAAUAUGCUACGUGGUGCCAUCUAUCCGAUAAAAUGAAAGCUGAGACACUUGUUUUAUUUCUCUCAAGGAUGGAGAACAAACAGAUAACAGCCAAAAUACUUCCAAUAAAAAGUAGUAGUUGGAAUGUAACGGCCGUUCAUCAAGCAUCUUUGCAUCCCGUUACGAAUACAGUCUUUUAAAGAUAAAUCACUUAUGAUUCCAGCAGUCAAGCUUCUAUAUUUGUUGAUGUAAAAUGUUUUGAAGAUGGAGAUUGUACAAUAAAUUUUUAAUAAAGUGCCCACUGCAAUUUUUAAUUAGCAUAUCUCA